AUGUCUAACAACCGUCCAUUUCUUGCCAACUUCCUGGCCGCUUUCCGCGCCCAGUCAACCUACAAAUCCACCCAGCAAGUCGGCAACACAACUUCAACCCUCUCCUCGGCCCAAAUCUCCCAGAGCGCCCGCACCAUCGCAACAAAAGCAGCAAACUCCGCUCAAGGCUCCUCAGCACCAUCAUCCGCUUCCGCCACAGCUCACCACAAUCACAACCACAACCACAACCACCAUAACCACCACACCCACACAUCCUCUUCUUCUUCCUCAGCAACUACAACACCAGCCGGUCCAGUCCAAGGCCCAAGCCCAGCCCCUUCACAUCACUACCACCACGACCAGACAUCCCUCCCCUCUACACCACCGUCAUCAACACCUAUCCCGAUCAACCGUGACACUCCAGACCGCCAGCGUCGCGGGAGUGACUCUUCCAGCGGCUCGGGCGGGUUCCGCGAUGCCAUCGGUCCGGAGAAGUGGUAUAUUGGUGGGAGAACACCGGCUGGCGAAGAGCGCUUUUAUCGCCUCGGGAUGGUUACGAAAGGUGGGGGGGCGGCUUGGCGGGAGUGGGCGGGUGGGGAGUAUUGA